AUGAUGUUGCUAUCGCCAGCACCUGUCUCGUGGUAUACCCUUCUAGGGGUUGGCCUCGCUCUGCCCCUCAUCCUGCUUAUCAGGGAUAUCGCCAAAUGGUACCGCUUGCCACCUGGCCCUCUGCCAAUCCCCUUUAUUGGCAAUAGGCUUCCAGCUUUGAGACCAUGGGUCCACCUCCAACAGUGGUCCAAGAUAUAUGGGCCGAUCUUCACAAUUUGGGUUGGACGUCAACCGACAAUCGUAAUUUCCGACCCAAAAAUCGCCGUUGACUUGAUGGAAAAGCGUAGUAGCAAAUACUCCUCAAGACCACGUUCCGUGAUGAUGAAGGAAGUGUAUGGAAGCAGUUCAAUUCUUCUGCAGCCUUAUGGGAAGGAUUGGUCAACACGGCGAAGGUUAUAUCACCUUGGUCUUACCCCCGCUGCCUUACGUUCCUACAAAGGCCGUCAACAGGCUGAAGCCACUCGGCUUGCCUUUCACAUUCUCCAUGAGCCAGACAGAUGGGAAAGAGCACUUGAUCGGUUUGCUGCCAGCGUGGUAUUUUCCAUAGCUUAUGGACACCGUAUCGAUUCUCUCGAUUGCCCUGUGGUUAGGGAUCGGUUAGAAAUUAUUCGCUUUCUAGCUACGCUCAACACUCCAGGGAGGUAUAUGGCCGAGUCUUUUCCAAUCCUUAAGCAUAUGCCAAACUUCGUGGCACCCUGGGAAAAAUACAUCCAAGAGCGUGGGAUGAUCGAAGCAACAGCUAAUAUGGCACUUGUUGAAGAGGUGAAAAGAGAUAUUAGGAUGGGAAAGGAAAAUGGAACGGAAGCGGCACCCUCCCUAACACAGAACAUGUUAGCUGUACGUGACAAUGAAGGGCUUCAGAUUUCUGACAGAGACUUGUCAUAUAUCCCGUCCGGCUUGUUUGGUGCUGGUUCUGACACCGCGGCAUCGACACUGUGUUCUACCAUAUUGGCUCUGGUCACUCAUCCGGGUGCGCUUGAAGCGGCACAAGCGGAGAUAGACAGCGAAGUUGGCUGUGCCCGGAUGCCGACCUUUGAAGAUGAGGAGCGUCUACCCUAUAUUCGCGCCUUGGUGAAAGAGGUGCUUCGAUGGAGACCCGUUGCAGUUCUUGGCGGUACACCUCAUGCAACUACUGGAGAUGAUAUAUAUCGGGGCUGGUAUAUUCCAGGUGGCACUGCCAUCAUGUCAAAUACCUGGGCGAUGAAUUUGGACGAGGAUUACUAUCCGAACCCUCACCUAUUCAACCCGGCUCGAUUUCUCAGCGAGAGUGAUCCGAGAUACGCCCCAGAGCUCAAGGGCAAGAAAACCCACCCAGCAAAAAACAGUCUUUCAUCUUUUGGAUGGGGACGAAGGUAUUGUGUUGGGGCAGAUCUCGCUUUGAAUUCCUUGUUCAUUGCCUUGUCGAAAAUGAUCUGGGCGUUUGAUAUCCUCCCAACUACAGAGUAUUGUACUUUGGAGUACACCACAGUGGGGUCAAAUAUCCGCCCUCAGCCAUUUGAAUGUCAAAUUCGAAUAAGGAGCGACCGCCAUAGAAGGACUCUAGAGGGCGAGAAGGUAUUGGCUGAUCAGGAGAUGGAGAAAUUUCCAGCGUAUGAUUGA